UUCUCGCUCCCUCCUCAGUGUGUGAAUUGCAUCCCUAGAAUAUACACGUAUUCUCAUCUUCACUUCAGUACAGUCAAGUUCACAAUAGUUUGGAGUCCUUCAUUAUUUAUUGGCCAAGUCGUUUUUGUUUUUAUUGCUUCAUUUGUUUGUCAACUUUUACUUGUUGUAUGUACAUUGGUCUGAAAAAUGCCUCGCGGACGUUACAGCGUUUUAAGUGGUCAAGCCCGGAAAAUGGUGCAUGCUGUCCUUCAAUUUAUGAAAAAAGAGCACGAAGAAGGCUUACUAAUACCUUUAAAUCUAGUUCAGAAACGUACGGCGGCUGCUACGGGUAUAUCUACGAGAACUGUUCAAAGAAUAGCUGCAACAGCAAGUGAAGCUGAAGCCAGACCCGUCUUCCGCACACCUGGUAAAAAACGUAGGGGAGUCAAGAGAGUGACAGGCAUUGAUGGGUUCAAUCAAGGAGUCAUCAAAAGGUGCGUCCAUAACUUUCAUUUAACUGAAAAAAAAUUGCCAACAGUCCAAGCACUCCAAAAGAAAUUGAAAGCCGAUAUAAAUUAUCAGGGUUCUAUGACCAGCUUAAGUCGAAUUCUUAAGCAAUCGGGUUUUCAGUGGAAGAAAACCCAAUAUGAGAAAAGAGUAAUAAUAGAACAAACCAGUAUUCGAUUACAGCGCAUCGAAUAUUUGGAAAGUAUUUUCAAGUAUCGCUCGGAAGGUAGGCCCAUUGUAUACGCUGGAGAAUCAUAUGUCGAUUCUUCCCAAAGUAAGCAAUCGGGCGACGGUGUCAAAAUAGUAAAGGGUCAAGGAGUGGUUAUCGUUCAUGCGGGUUCAGAAGCGGGCUUCGUAUCCGAUGGUCUUUUAAUGCUUAAGGGGAAUCCAAAAAACACCGAUUAUCAUGAUAAUUUGAACCCUGACAUUUAUGAAAGAUGGGUUAGAACUCAACUAUUACCAGGUUUACCAGAAAACUCUGUUGUUGUGGUGGAUAAUGUAUCCUACCACAAUAAAGAAGAAGAUCCGGCACCAUCUUCCAAUGCACGAAAAGCAGAAAUGCAAUCUUGGCUUCAUAAAAAGCAAAUACCUUAUGAUGAUAGCAUGCUGAAGCCACAGCUUUACAAGUUAAUUGCUCAAAGUAAAGACAGAUGUAAAAAGUACAAUUUAGAUAAAAUUCUUAAACACCAUAACCACGAUGUAUUACGACUGCCCCCUCACCAUCCAGAUUUGAACCCGAUCGAGAUGGCAUGGGCAGCCAUAAAACAGCAUGUUGCGAACAAAAUUGUUACUUGGAACGUGAACACCGUGAUGGAAUUGAUAGAAGAAAAAGCUAAUCAAAUGGGAGAAAAUGAAUGGGGCGAAUAUUGCGCAAAAGCAAUGGAAAUAGAAGAUGAUUAUAGAAAAAGCGACGUUGUCAUCGACAAUUUGACAGAAGAAUUCGUCGCUCAGGCAAAUGAUAGCACUGAUAAUAGUGAUAAUUACUCAGAUUCCAACUCUGAGGGAGAUUCGAGUGAAGAGGAAUACUUCGGUGUAAAUAGUGAAGAUAUUAGAAAUGUUGAUUAAAUGAAAGCCCCAAUAAUUCAGACAGAAUGUUUAUUAGCGUUAUACUUAUUUUACUGCACAUUAUAAUGAUCCACUACGCACGCCAUUAUCAAAGCUCACCGGAAGAAGGAAGGAUGACAGAUACUUCCUGUCAUAGUGACGGGACAACCACAGACAAAAUAGUAACUUAAUCUAUGGUAGUAUUCCAAUACCCCCGCUCAAGAUCAAGUCUAAUUUUUUUCUUACAAUCUUAUACAAAACAAUAAAAAUUUACUUGAUAUUGAACACAUCCUUAUUUUAUAAAAAUGGCAACAUUACAAUCUGUCAUUAUGACGUUUGACAUUUAAAAUGGUUAACUUGACAUUGACAGAAAAAUAUAACCUCUCUAUAUCUUACAUCCAUAUUUAAAGAAUUUAAAGAAAAUGUUUACUAAAACAUGUUACAAAUAUCCAAGUAAUACAAAACAUGCUAAAUUAACAACAAAUACAAACAAUGUUUGAACAUCUUAUAAUCUACGUUUCGUACAAACCAAGUGUUUCACAAAAAUAGUUAUGUUUAACUUGAGACAAUGAUUUGAUAGAGCUGCUGCAAUAUAUUCGGAUUCUGCUGUUGACAAUGCGACUGAAGUCUGCUUCUUGGAAGUCCAGCUGACCAGGCUGCCUCGAUGAAAUAUUGCAACUCCACUGACGCUCUUACGAUCCA